CACAUGCCUUAACGUACAACCAAAGCAAUAGCACUGCUUUCUCACCGUCUUACCGUCAUCGGUCUUCCCUGGAUUCUCGCUGUUCACAUCACUUUUGAAAGCCUUCACUCCGUAGCUUCCACAAAGCUUCCUUCCUUCCAUCUAUCCUCUAAAUUAUUGGUGUUAAAGCUCACAUCUUUCUUUCCAUCCCGGCCCUUAUUCAUCAAAGCUUCAUACGCCAAAGCCUCGAGAGGAAGAGAGGUGGCAGCAGCAACUCAACGUUAUGGCAGAAGCAGCAGCGGCAGUAUCAGUUGCGUCCCCCAUUCUGAAGAUUGUGAUCCAGAAGCUGGGCUCUGGCCUAUGGAAGCAGAUGGGAUUGGCAAGCAGCGUCAAGAAAGAUGUGGAGAAGCUACAAAGCGUGUUAGAAACUAUCACUGAUGUGCUUGAGGAUGCCGAGAACAGAUCCAUCAGCGACAAACCUCUGCAAGGCUGGCUAAGAAAGCUCAGAGAUGCUGCUUUUGAUGCAGAUGAUGUGGUGGACGAGUUCCAAACUGAAGCAUUAAGACAAAAAAUUGAGGAAAACAAUUGCAUCACCCGAAAGGUACGGGACUUUUUUUCCCUCAACAACUCAAUUAUAUUUUAUCAUAAGAUUGCUCGCAAAGUAAAAGAGAUCAGAGAGCGAUUGGACCAAAUUUCAGAAGAGAGAUUGAAAUUCCAUUUGAGCGAGAGAUCCAUCCCGGAAAGAUCUUUGGAGCGAGAGACCUACUCAUUUGUGAUCGAAUCUGAAAUUUAUGGCAGGGAUGAUGAUAAAAAGGAGGUCAUAAAUUUCUUAGUCUAUGUGGAUACCGAUAAGGAUGUCUCUGUUCUCCCAAUAGUUGGUUUGGGUGGAGUUGGGAAGACCACGCUUGCUCAGUUAGUGUACAAUGAUAAAAGGAUAGAUGAACAAUUUGAACUUCGGAUGUGGGUUUGUAUCGGCGAGAAUUUUGACAUUCCAAGGAUAAUAAGAGCAAUUAUCGAACGAGUGACAGGAACAAAUUGCGAGCUGUCUGACAUAGAGAUAAUGCAGUCUCUUCUUCGAGAAAAACUAAGAGAGCGGAGAUUUCUACUUGUUCUGGAUGACGUGUGGAAUGAGGAGGAAGCUGAAUGGGAAAGACUAAAACCUUUGCUGAGGGGUGGCAAGAAGGGAAGUAAGAUCAUAGUGACGACCCGCAGUGAAAGAGUUGCUAGCAUAAUGGGUAGCUCUGCACUACUCAGAUUGCCAGUGUUACCGACUGAUGACUGCUGGACUUUGUUCAGGCAGAGGGCGUUCGGGUUGGGAAGAGCUGAAGAGACGCCAAGCUUGGUAAAAAUAGGGAAGAAGAUUGUCCAGAAGUGUGGGGGUCUGCCGUUAGCCGCAAAGGCUCUUGGAAGCCUAAUGAGCUCCAAGAGGGGGGAGGUGGAGUGGUUAGCUGUCAAAAAUAGCGAAAUCUGGAAACUACCUGCGAAGGAGACUGGAAUAUUACCUGCCUUAAGAUUGAGUUAUGAUCAUUUGCCAUCUCAUCUGAAGCAGUGUUUUGCCUACUGUUCAUUGUUCCCAAAAGAUUAUUCAAUUGAAAGAGAAAGAUUGAUUCAGUUGUGGAUUGCUGAAGGGUUCAUUAAUCAUCCAUCAGAUAAUAAUAUGGAUUUAGAGAAUAUCGGCAAUCAGUUUUUUAAUAAUUUGCUAUGGAGGUCCUUUUUUCAGGACGCAGAAAAGGAUUCUGAUGGUAACGUGACGGUGUGCAAGAUGCAUGAUCUGGUCCACGACCUUGCUUGCUUUGUCAUAGGUGAUGAGGCCGGCAUCAUGGAGGCGGGCAAGGACACACUCAUUUCCCAUCGAUGUCGCUAUUCAUCAGUUGAUCAGAUCAACGACAAAACAUCAGAAUGUUUACAGCUUGCCAGCAAAACAAUGAAAUUGAGAUCACUUAUAUUUUUAUUUGAUUUUCGUAUAAGAACUGUAAACAUCAGUGCGGUGUCAAAUCUUACUUACUUGCGUGUAUUAGAUCUACAGCUCUCAGGGCUCCAAAAGUUAUCCAGCAGAAUAAGCAGGUUAAAGCAUCUAAGGUACCUAGACCUAUCAAAUACAUUAAUUGAGGCAUUACCUAACUCGAUCUCUUCUCUCUACAACUUGCAAGUGUUGAACCUUAUUAAUUGCAAAAAUCUUGAAGCAUUACCUGACCCGAUUGCUUCUCUCUACAACUUGCAAGUGUUGAACCUUGCAUAUUGUCGUAAUCUUAAAGAGUUGCCCAAAGACAUGAGAAAAAUGAGAAAUCUCAGACAUCUGUGCAUUGCCAGAUGUCAUCGUUUGACUCGGAUGCCACCUAAAAUGAGCCAGUUGAGUAACCUCCGGACACUGUCAAUGUUUGCUGUGGGCGAGGAGGAUGGAUGUAGCAUUGUGGAACUGCAACAUCUCAACCUGAUCGGUUGCUCUCUUGAAAUCAAGAAUCUAAAUAAUGUGAAGGAUCCAAAGGAAGCAAUGAAAGCAAACUUGGAGGCAAGGACAAAUCUGCAAUCGUUGAGAUUGUUAUGGAACGGACAUUCGGAUUGGGCACCGACACCAUCUUCUACAAAAAUGGUAGAGGAUGUGCUUGAAAAGCUCCUGCCUCAUCCUAAUUUAAAGCAGUUGACAAUAAGGGGCUACAUGGGCAUCAGAUUACCCACUUGGAUGGCAAGGGCAGAACUAGUGUCAACCUUAUUUUCAAAUCUGGUCCAGCUCAGAUUGUGGGGUCUGAAGUGGUGCGAGCAUCUUCCACCGCUCAGCCAAUUCCCCUCUCUGAAGCGUCUCGAUAUGUUUGGAAUGGAUGCUCUGAGGAAAAUAGAAGAGGAUGGUGGCACCAUGUCCGUCUCGCUAGAAGAGUUCAGAUUGGUAGGCAUGCCCGAAUUGGAGGAAUGGUGUGUAAAACCAACAGCGGAAUCGUUCCCUCAUCUUAGGUUAUUGGACAUACAAUCAUGCCCCAAAUUAAUGGUGCAACCAUGCAUCCCAUCCUCGGUCGAGCAUCUUAGGAUAUCAAGAAAUCAGAUGCUGUUAUCAGAAGGAAGCAUCGGAGGGUUGUCCAAACUGAAACGAGUGGACAUUACUUCUUGUGGAGCAUCAUCAAAGUCUGGGUGGUGGGGUGGGCUGCAAUACCUCACUUCCCUUGAGGAUCUACAGAUUUCAAAAUGUGACGAACUGAAUUGUUUGCCAGAGGGUGUUAUGUACGUGUCCGCACUCCGAACCCUUUCUUUGGUGGAUAACAGAAAUCUAAGGAGUCUAGAAUGGGGAAGAAGGGACCCUCGGUUCACUGCCCUCUGCAGUCUGGUGAUAGAUGGUUCCCCUGCAUUGACUGCUUUGCCGGAGUGGGUAGGGGGCCUCACCUCGCUUCAGUUUUUAUCGCUUGGGUAUUGUGACAACCUCGCAAUGCUGCCAGACCUCCCUGCGCUUCAAAAGUUGCAGAUUACGAACUGCCCCCUUCUGGCAAGGCGAUACAGUUUGGUGACAGGCGAGGACCGGCCCAAGAUUGCUCACGUUCCAAAUGUUAGAAUAGAAGAAAGCGAACUUAUAGAACAAACCAGCAAAAGAUGUACCUUCGGUACGAAAUAUGCCAGCCAGUUAAUGUCAGCAUGCUGCAUUGGUCACAGUUGAGGUUCCAGCAGCAGCUCCAUUCCGUGGAAGUAAACUCUUUUGAUCCUUCUAGACUGCACUUUGGUUCCAGGAGCUCAACUGUCACCACCAUUAAGGAGCUUGGCAACCAUGCCAAUGCAUCUUUAAAGCCUCACAGAGCUCCAGAGCCUGCCUGCAAAUCUUUUGUUGCCUCUGGGAAGAUGAUGCCAAAAAAGGGGAGUAAAAAAUUAGCACUAAAGCGCUUGCUUUUGAUUCAUAAACCAAAGAUGUCCAUGUUUGCUUCUAGUUCUAUUUAUUUGGUCUUCUGUCUCGUACUUCUUAUCGUCAUUACUAUGAAUAAUGCCACUGUUUCAUUUUUGCUCCUCUACUUCUUGUUUUUAAAGUACAAUAGAGUUCCAUUUGUAUA